AACGUUAGUUCUCAAAAUGUCAGGUUAUUCGCUGUCCUGUAUAAGUAGUCAACGCAGUUAUCCCGUUUCCUAGAUUAUGCUAUAUUUGUCCGUCAAAUAACGUUGUCAGGUGGAGGCAUAAUUUAUUCAGUUCCAUCACAGAGGAAACUGACACCACUUCUGCAAAGCGGUUUGGAAUGAAACCGCUUUUUCGAUUUUCUCCAUCUUUUGAAACCGGCCGAGUUUCAUAAUAGCCUCCAUGAUUGAUUUUCUGGUUUUUGUCUGUUGAAAAGGUAGCUUGGGGUUUCGAACUCGUGAUGGACGGGUAUGGAGUUCUGCCUGACGCGAAUCUGAUUGAAAGGCUGAAAAGGGGAGAUUUUGAAGCAGGCGGUAUGGCAAAGAGUCGUGUUUGCUUAGAUGUCUGUUAAGAUAAGGAAGGAAAGCACGGGAAAUUGGAAGAGUUUUUUGUGGAUGCAAAUUUCUAGGGAGGAUUUAAGGUAUGGUAAAUUGAAGCCUUGAAGCUGAAAGUUGAUUGUCGUGGACUCGAUUGAGGUAAUCGGCGGCGAGAGGAAGUGGUUCGCUUUGGUUUGAACGCGCCUGAUGAUAUUUUCGAGGAAAUCUUGAUUCAGACGGGAUCUGAUUGGGGAAGGUGUAUCUGAAGGGUUUGAAGACGAACGAGGAUUGAUAAUGGAGUCUGUCGAUUGAAUCAAUGACAUUCCUUCGGCUAAAGCAGUUGACUUGAAAUUUUAUUUUGCAGAAUGUUGUGUUAAAUUCGGGACGGACGCAAUUUCUUGCUUGAGGUUUGGCCUUGGCGCAAGAGCUUGCUAGCUUAAUGUUUAUCAUUUAGGCUGGGGGUUUUCAACAUGCAAUUUGAGCGGCCAUGGCUGUGGAGACCGAUAUUAUAGAGCUAGAGGUCGGGGUUUGGGGCAUGGAACUUUUAUUGAUACGUCUGUUUUUUGUACGAGACCUGUUUUGACAGACCGUCCGGAGAACACUUUCUCGGGCUUUGCGUCCUUGCAUUCAUUAGACGAAAUUGGAGCUUCUCAGCGAAACGACAAAUUUAUUAGUUCUACCAGGGAAAGUAACGCUUCUUCGAAGCGUUUUGUAAGCUUUCAAGCUUCCUAAUUUGGUAAUCUUCUGUCCAUUUGAAUGAUGAUUCGAAAUCGAGAGAUUUCCAGUCCUUUUGGUUUGGUGUUCCGGAGCGUUCAUUGGCCACUCAGAUUUUGUACGUAGGCGGAACCGUGAGCACACUUUGCAACGCUGUGUGCGCUGAACUUUCUGUCAAUUGACGGAAGCCAAACCUCGGAAGGCGAAAUUUGCGGGAGUCUUUCAAUAUUUCAACAGUUUCAUUUCCAAAGCAGGUUUUUCAAGAGAGUUAUUCCAAAGAUCUCUUAGUUUACAGAAGAAAUCUGCAAAAAUUCUGUCUAUUUCAAAACUUUCAAGGUUUACCAGAGCGGCAAUUUAGAGAUUUUCCUCUUGUAUUUGCCGACAGACUUCCGUUUCAGCCAAGGAAACGUCGCAAGUCAGAAAUCUCGAGGAUUUAAUCUCUACUUUAAUGUUUUCUUAGCAAAUUUUCACGGCCUAAGAGACUUUCCGAGCCGAUUUCAGCCAUGAUUGGAGUGGAAGUUCCGGCAAAUGACAGCAGCGGGUGGGAUCUCAAUUCAACGCCUUCAGACGGUGUAUUUGCCACAAAUUCCAGGCGUCCUCCACAAAGCUUCUCCCUUUUGGUUGUGCCUGGCGAGGUAACGGCCAAAUCCGCCGCGACUGAAGAUUCUUGUUCCAUUUGCUGUGAUGAAACAUCUGCAGGUCGUGUCAUUACAGUGACCGUGAAAUCAAAAGAGGAGCCUUCGCGCGACCCUGCCAGAGAUUUGUUGAAAAAGAUUCGUAGAGACGAUUCUGGAACAUCUAAUUCUUCCGUUGUAAAUGCUUCUGCCUCUCCCAUGGACAACAAUACCAAGUUCUUGGAAUGCGAUUCAUCCUCCUCAACUCAGCCAAUCCCAUCAAAUUCCUCUUCCAACAUGACAAAUCUUUUCGGUUUCUCUACGGACAAACCCCGGUUCGAAACUUAUAUCACACGCCAACUUUUGCCCCCAAAAAAUUCCUUGGAUUCCAUCAUUCCUCCUCCUGAAAAUCAGCUUUCUGGGGGAUUUUGGUCAGAUGCAAGGCUGAAGCUUUUGCCUCCACCACCGCAACAACAAGAACAGGUAAAAAAGAGCAGGCGAGGGCCCAGAUCAAGAAGCUCUCAAUACCGCGGCGUUACUUUCUAUAGACGCACAGGUCGAUGGGAAUCGCACAUCUGGGAUUGUGGAAAGCAGGUUUAUCUCGGUGGAUUUGAUACUGCCCAUAUCGCUGCCAGGGCAUAUGAUAGGGCAGCCAUAAAGUUCAGAGGACCAGACGCUGAUAUAAAUUUUAAUCUUUCAGACUAUGAAGAUGACCUUAAGCAGACGACUAAUCUCACAAAAGAAGAAUUUGUACAUAUUCUUCGUCGACAAAGCACUGGUUUCUCUCGGGGAAGUUCGAGGUAUAGAGGUGUCACUCUCCACAAGGCAGGCCGAUGGGAAGCCAGGAUGGGACAAUUCCUUGGCAAAAACCAAUGUGCAUAUACUGGCAGGUAUAUAUAUUUGGGCUUAUUCGACAAUGAAAUGGAAGCCGCAAUGGCAUAUGACCGGGCAGCUAUUAAGUGCAAUGGAAAAGAGGCAGUUACAAAUUUUGAUCCCAGCAUUUACAUGAACGAAUUUCUUGCAGAACCCAAUAAUGGAGAGAGGUUUCAUGCAAAUCAACCGGAGAAUGAAAGUGUAAAACACAAUCUGGAUCUUAGCCUCGGCCUUUCUUCUCCAGCAGUUGACAAAACAUUGGUAUCCAAAAUGAAGUCUAACGGUAACCUAAACAGUGUUGUUGAUCCUGAUUGGAAGAAAGCUCGGUGUAUCAAUACAAUGGGUCAAGUUGAUUCUCCGAAUUGGGAGAAGUUCCAAGUUAGCCAUGGAUUAAAAUAUAAUCCAAUAUCUCUUCCUGCCAUCGCCAAAGAUGAUAAGGCGAGUCUCGCUAUGGAGCAAGCAAAUCAAUGGAGCAGAGUUCAUCCCUUGUCCUUUCCUAAUUACCGACUGCCCAAUCAGGAUGGGGGAGUUAAAAGGAAAUCAGGAAGUGAUAUCUCAUCUCUAUUACCCUGGUCAAAGGAGGAUUGGAAUUGGAAAUUGUACAGCAAUGGGUCACUCUCUUCACUAUUGGCAGCAUCAUCAGGAUUCUCACCCCAAAAUGGAAUUUGUCAUCCUUCUUCAGAUUGGAUGCACAAUUCAACUACUGGGGCUAAACUUUCAGACACUAAGCCAUUUGCUCUGACUGAAAAUUCUCAUAUGUCCAUUUUCGGAGGAGCAAAUACAGGUGAGCAAUUCUUGGGUGUAAACUUGAAUCCCUCCGAUCGAAGGAAUGAUACACUAGGCCUUUGAAGCACAAGGAUGUUCAUUGUUUAAUGGGCACCACAUAGCAACUGAAGUGGGGUUAAGAAAAAGCAAAAGCCGAAAACAUGAAACCUUAUCUAUUUCAAUGCUUAACAUUUUAUUCUCCAAAGUAUUUUAUGGAGCUCAAUUUUUUUGCUUACUGGGUUUAUUCUAGUAAAGAAGACACUAUAAUAUAUAUUAUUUGGAGAAUGUUUAAAAUGAUAAUCAGUCAGUGCUCCCUAUAAACAUAUAAUAUAGUUAUUUGUUUGUUACAUUAUC